CUUAUCAACACGUGUCUUUGUUUAUACUUAUACGCCGAAAAGUUGGGUAAGAAAAAAAUUGCAUGAAGAGUGAAUUUUUCAUAUCAACGAAACGAAACAUUUGAAAAAACUGUUGCAAUAGUACUUUUAAAAGCUAUUAUCGAAGUAUCAAAUCAUAAAGAUCGUGAAUUAUUUAGAAUAAAGUCUUGACCACUGGUUGCAUGCAAUCUCCUGUGUGAAUUCAAUAUCAUUAUUUUACAAUCUGGAAGAAUGAAGACGAAUAGUAAAAAAUCACAUAAAGUUCCAUUCGAAGAUGUGAAGGUGGAUGUACUCCACAACGGUGUUUUUGAAACGAUGAACGAUUACAGAAAACAGAAUCUGUUCUGCGAUGUAACCUUCGACAUCAACGGUACUUUAUUUCCUUGCCAUCGUCUCGUCCUAACCAUCAUGUCUCCUUAUUUUCGCACCAUGUUCAACGGAAAUUUCAAAGAAGCCAGUUCUAAAAUCGUCCCCUUGCAAGAUAUUGACGCCGAGAUCAUGGAAAUCAUUCUGCGCGCAAUCUACACAGCUCGAAUUCAUUUACUUCCGAAAAAUGUUUAUUUCACAUUGAAAGCGAGUCAUUUGUUUCAAUUGGACGCGAUUUCCAACGAAUGUGUUGAUUGCAUUAUGAAGAACGUGGCUUCCAUUCAUUAUUUACCUGAAACGUGUUCGUUCUCGAAAAUCAUCGGAUCUACAGCAUUGUAUGCUAAAUGUGCGGAAGCGAUGGCGACUGAUAUUCUACACUGGGGAAAAACAGACGGUUUUUUUAAUCUGUCGUUUGAAAUUAUGACAGACGUAUUAUCAGAAGUUAGUUCGAAAAGUAGUAGUUCGGAUGAUGGAAUACUCGCAAUAAUUAUCAAAUGGUGUAAAUAUAAUGGCACUUGUUCGAAGGAUAUGAAGGUACUUUUGCAAGCACCAAAAUUCAACAGCAAAACUGUAGGAAUAUCUGCAAUUCCCGAAUUGGUCAAUUCCACGAAAGGCGAAGAUGGCGAUAAAUGUGCGGAAAGUUCGAUACCAUCGAGUGAUUUGAUUCUGAUUCUCUAUUUAAAUGCUGUUGACGUGAAAAGUGGAGCAAAAGGAUGGGCAACCUUGAAGUUGAAUGAAUCAUUUGACAAAUAUACAUUGUCAAAUUUUCGAGCAUCAGAUUCUCCAUACAGAAAAAUGUGCUCAAUUGGAACAAAGAUCUACUGCUUCGAAGUGAAUCUCCAAAUAGAAAAAUACACUUUUUCGUGUUACGAUGAAAGCGGUGGAAUAGAUUUGCAAGUGCCGAAUGUGUAUGGCAAUUCUACUUCUAAAGAGUACUUCAUUACUUCCGACAAUUACGAUGAUUACGAAUACGAAUUGAUAGCUGAUGCGGAAGAAAAGAAGAUUUAUUUGUUUUACAAAGUUUCUGAUACUGACAUUUGGGUUUACGAUUGUGAACUGAACUCGUGGCAAGGCGACACGUUCAAAGUACCUGUCAAGGGAUCAUUCAAGUUGAAACCAGCUCUGUAUAAAUAUCAGGAUUGGUUUGCCGUCACGUUUUUAGAUCGUGUUUUAUAUUUUCUAGGAUGCCGACAACGUUACGAUUAUGCGUAUUAUGGCACUCCAUAUAUUUUGACAAUCGAUACGCGUACUCCUACAAUUAAAAGUGAAGUGGCCCAAUUACCGAGGUAUAAACAUGCUAAUGCAGCCGUUUGCGCAUUCGAUGGUAAAAUAGCGAUUUCAGGGUCUGAUUAUGAUGAUAUUUUACGUAAUACUUUUAGUAUUAUCGACUUGAAGACCAAAGAAUGGAUAACCGAUCUGAAACCUAUGAACGAGGGCAGAGCAAAGCAUAAACUAAUUCAUUACAAUGGGUUUCUUUACGCGGUAGAAAACAGCCCAUUCAAGAAGAACGAAAAAUACGAUGUGAAGCUGAACACAUGGAUCGAGCUCCCAAAGUUGCCGGAACGAGUACAGUUUGUCGAUGCUGAUGGCGUUGAUAUGACAAUUGGUUUUGGUAGUGUAAUUAAUGCUGAAUCAAUUCGGCUGUAAAAUUAGUUAUACUUUUGACGGAGAUAUCUUUAAGUUUAAAUUUUGUUUUUAUUUUUUUUACCUGGGUAGAUAGGUACUUUAUUAGUUUGCUAUUCGUACCUAAUACUGUUGUGAUUAAGAUUCCGUUACUCCGGUGUUGUUUUUUUGUGUGCAUAUAUCUACCUACUUUGUUUGAGUUUAUAAAAAUAUAAGUAGGUACCUAAUUCAA